UGAACAUGUUUUCCGGAUUAACCAAUCAAGUCAGCUCGUGGAUUGGGGCUGCCAAAGGGGAACCACAAGAUGAGGAGGUGCCAACUCCCCCAAACUCUGCAGCUACGGCACCAGCAGCAGCAGCAGCAGCAGCGACGAUAACUCCAGCCGCGACGACGGACGCUGCUGCGGCACCCACGGCAGAUGAAGGUGACAGAAGCCCAACGAAAAGUGGUGUGUUCUCAGGAGUAUCGUCCAAAGUGACAGGCUGGCUCGGAAAUGCAUCCAUACCCUCGAUGCCAGCGAUGCCAUCCAUGCCAACGGUUUCAAUGCCAGCAAUGCCUGCCAUGCCUUCCAUGCCGUCGAUACCGGGCCUACGAAAGGGCAAUCAGACGGACGAAAACGGAGGCAUCACAAACGAAGGCUUAGCCACAUCACCGGAAAAGACGAAUCAAGGUAUUGCCGGAUCAACGGAUGCAGCCGACGAGGACGACCGGUCCAGGUAUAUUAGACCACAGGAAAGUGCCACAGGGGGAGCCGACUCACCUUCAGCUACAGGCCCGGGAACACCGACAGAAGAAAAUGCAGGACAAAUAGGACAAGUCACACACAAAGUCACAGCUGGAGCCAAAUCGAUCGGGUCGUUCCUAUACUCAUCGUUCAACAAAGCCGGUGAUAAAAUUAAACACUUGAAGGAUAAUACUAUUCUCGGUGAAUUCAAUAAGGAGCAGGAAGCUUUCAUUAAGAACCAGCAGGGUGCCGGCGGACCUGGUGCAUGUCCCUGGGUAGGCCACGCAAAUGAAAGCAAAAUUAAGGAAGAGAUACUAAGUCUUUCAGCUGAUCGCCGGAACUUUGUUCGAGCUCCUCCCGCUGGGGUCGAGUUUGAAUUUGAUUAUGACCAUUUGUAUCCAAUCGCGCUAGCCAUUAUGAAUGAGGACAAGGAGCUGGAGAAGAUGCGAUUCGAGCUGGUACCCAAGAUUAUCACGGAAGAAAACUUCUGGCGCAAUUAUUUCUACCGUGUCUCACUAAUAUGCCAAGCAGGAGAUCUAGGCACCCUCGGUGACAAUAACGAGUUCGUCCGACGAGGAGCCAGCGAAGAUACGGAGGCCUAAAGACGUAGUCACAAUACUAACAGAUUAACUUAAAUCAAUAACGCCCGUACCAGCAGGUGAUGAUGUUAUUAGCAAGCAGACAUUUCAAUAUUGAUGAAAAGAUGCACCCAACUCCAAGUAAAGCGAUUAAAGAUGACUUCGUGACGUAAAUCCAUCUUAGCAUUAUUCAUGAGAAUCUAACACGAAGCAUGUUUUUUCAUGUCUGCCCAUACAAACAUACGAAAAAAAACCUCUGAAUCAAUUAUUUCAUAGGUACAUACCACCUUAGUCAAGUUUAACAUGUUAAAACCGGGGAAGUCUCGGCGUAUAACUUUUCUUCGCUUAUCCGUUUCGAACAAACCGCGCCUAUUUUUCUAAAAAAAAUCAAACAUGUAUUCAUUUCAGCCUGAUGUUUCAAAAUAUACAUAUAUAUGGAUAAAGUUACUUAACAUUUGCGGUAGACAAAAUAUCAACCAUACUUCAACCCAGAAUUGUUUGAACACUAUUUGAUAUUGAGAUAGUGGGCUAUUUUACUCAAUAAGUGUACUUUUCUGUCUUGAUGUGAUUUUUCUCGUAACCUCAUGGUAAUGUUAAUCCCAAUAACAAAAAUUGAAACGAAAACACAAAUAAAUUCCACACAAAAGUCCCUUCGUAAAAUUCUAGCUUACCACUUGAAAGGGCAACAUAAGCGAACUUAUUCCCUUAAAGAAACAGGCAAUAGAUAAAACCACUGAAACCAUUAGAUUCCAACUCAUAACCCACCGAGGCCAAAAUUCCCGCUAGGAUUCACCUUCCUGAUAUUCCAGCUUUGAUUCGGCCACGGUCAGAUCAAAUAUGGCGCGUUACGAAAAUCUAUAAUCUGCCUCCGUAUCAAACAUACCGAUCUUAGCUUAUUGUUUACCAUGCUGAAAUCUCUCCUCCCUACACAGAAUGCCAUCUCGAGUUGCUAAGCUACGAAAAUGAAAGAAAAGAAAACUGUAGAAACGACAUAUUUCGCGUUAAAACUUACGAAAGAUUAUCACAAAAUAGCAGUAUUCAUAUAUAAUAGCAAACUAAACAGAAGUGGAAAAAUUCAAGAUUUUUUCAAUGUUGUGCAUUUCGUUAAAUCUAUACAUCUUUGACGACAAAAUAGUAUAUACAAAAUCAUUAAACAGAGAAAGCUACCUAGAUAAUUCCAGAUGGUAAAAUGUUGAAAGUAAAACUGGAAGUAUAACAAAGAUGCAGAUAUCAUAAAUGUAUUUAUUUAAAAAGAAAUGUUUAAUUCGUUGCAACUCUACAACAAAGAUGAGACAAACAAAUUGUAAUGUAAGGGAAAUGACAAUACAAAAUAACAUCAUUGCAGAACAAGAGAAAAAAUAAACAAUACUAUCCCCGUUCAGAUAUCGCGAAACAAAUGACACUAAGUCGAACGAUAUUGAAAAACUGACGAAUGGUGCGAAGCUAAGGGAUUGGCUAGCGAAUGUUCGUGACGAUGGCUAAAACUUAAUGAACUAUUUUAUCACGCAACAACUACUGAUUUAACUUCCGAUUCCGAAUGAUUAUCCUCUGUGCAACUUUGAUCUCGGCGUUGUGUUGAAAGUUGGCUCAUCUCGCGACACAAGCUACUCGUGUAUAUUCCAAAGUACCGCAAAUAUUCCGUUCUGAUACAACAUUUCAGUGAAUCAGUCAGUUUCAUCCAAAUAAUAUGAUGCAAUAAUAUGUAAAAACAAAUAAAUUUUAAGGCAAUUAAAAAUAAGCUGUGAUUUAUUAAAAUGGACAACCACAUUGAAAAGAGUAUAUUAUCAAAGUAUCGAUUUGAUGAAGGUGGCAAAUGUAAAACUUAUUUUAACCGGACAAGAAAAUAAGGAAAUCAUGGGUUAAUAAUAUUGUUUCAAAUAAACGAAAUGACACAUAUACAGCAUGUAAAUAUUCGCUACUGUCCAACUUGGACGACGGCACCGCACUAGGGGCAAUGACACGAUUCUCUCCGAGAUUGUUGGCUGGAUUAUUUUAUUUUAAUCGUGAAUAUGAAAUUUCCAUGUUUAUUUCAUGUUUUACAGGCAACAUUCAAGCACGUGACACACUUCUCACUAUGUCACAUGUCAAAAUUGACUGUUUGCGUGUUCUUCAAGCGUGACUGAUUAUAUAAACAAUAUGUUGUUGAUCGACUUAGUUGAUUAUGUAACAAUAUGUAACUAGAUAUGAGUAGGUUAAAUAGUACAAUAAUAGUUGUCAAUACUACGAAUGCUUUAAUGCAGGGCAGUGCUUUAUAGCCACAGUAAGAAAAAAAACUAGCAGAUUAUUAUGUCGACCGCAUUAACGGAACCGUCUCUUAUGUAUUCAUGGCAGCUCGCCAAUCCCGUCUAUUUUCGUUGUUUUCUAGCACCCGUAUAUUGAACAAAUUCAAUUUUAAAUUCGUUGUUUUUGUUUUACUCUUUCAUUAUGCAAAAAAUAUUCAAACUACCGAAAAAAACACACAUAAAACAAUUUAAUUUUAAUUCGCCAUAUUCAUAAACCUUGCAUACCACAGAAGAACAGUGGGAGAAAGACCUGGAAGCGGAGCUGCAGGACUACGAAGUGGUUAACGAUGGAACAGAUCGUACCAACUGGGAGAAAGAUGUCGAUGAGCUGUUAGACGACGAAACCGACUUGAAAUAAAACGAAUGUUUCAAUCAGUUACUUUGUAAUGUGAUGAGCUGUACUGUAAAUAAGUGAGUGGCCUGACGUAAUGCUUAUAAUUAAGUGAUUUAUAAAUUCGUGAAUUCUUUGAAUCGGAUGGAAAUAUAUUCUGUAUUGAUUUGACUGUGGAAUGAUGUAAAGCAAUUAACUUACAAGAAUGUUUAUUUUUGGAAUGAAAACAUUCAGGGGACACAUCAUUUUACAAAGUAAGUGACAAAUUAAUAUUUGAAACAGCCUAUCAGGAGGUCUAAACCGGUAAAAGCGUACAUAUAAUCUAUUCUUGUGCAAAAUUAUGUCCAGUACUACCAUUUUCGUGUAAAAUAAACAUGUCCUGUCUCGAUGGCACGUUCUACUUUCAUUCCACUGUCCUCAUUUACAAAUAUCUACAUGAAAAUAUCAGACAAAUGUUUUUUUUAUUGAAGCAAGCUUACCUAUUAAUGAAAACUCAGCAUAUGUUGCCACGAGUUUAGAAUUGGUAAACUAACCUCAGAAUUGGUAAACUAAACUCAUUAAAGCCAUAGACGAUUAAAAAAAUAAUAGAAAUUACACUUACAUAGUCUAGCAUUAUUAAAGUAUUUGGACUUGGGAGUUCAGUGCAAAGUGAAUACCUAAAUACUGAAACCCUUACGCGUACCGUAGCAUGAAUUGAAAAAUUGUAAUAUAAAUCUUUGAAAUUUACACGCAUCAAGAAAAUUUUACAAACUAAACGAAUAUACUCCUGUUACUUUUCCUUGUAAAAUGUCAAUAACCAGAUUGUAAGGACUGUUACGCAAGUUUUGGUUUUUGACUUGUUGAAAUGUUUGACUGCAAAUUAUUAAAUUGAAUAAACAUUUAAGUAUUUCAUUCCAAUAUAGUAAGCAACUUUGAGUUUGUGUUUUCACUGUCCAAAGUCACAUUUUUCUUCAGCACUCUUAGUUACCCUGGUCAUGAGAGCUCUUCCAGUAAAUAUACUCGUUCUACUCAGAGCCGACAUUUUUCGAGCACGUAUUUUCAACCAAAGGUCAAACAUAUUUGCUGGAUCGAGUUAUUAUUCGAGAUGAUACAAACAAAACACUGUUAUCAAAUAAAAAAUAAAUCGCACAGAUUUAGAGUCCGACACCGUGACAGACAACAACUAGCCUAGCCGUUUUUUCAACUUUACAUAAAUCAAGAUAACUGUAAGGGAGAAAAAUCAUCUUAACAUUGGCGUAACGUAGCAUUUUCUUUCACUGUUAAAGAUAGGCAAAUAUGUUGAAGUAUCUAAUUACAUCGAAGAUUGCAAUGCUGUCUACAAGCCAAGACCGAACAAUAUUUCUAACUUUUUUGUUCUCUGUUGAUCUUUCAAUAUUCCGAAACGACAAAGGUGAAAAACAAUUAAUCUAUUAUAUUCUGUAUUUAAUUAUAAACUGAAAAUCAGAUUGUUUAACAUAAAAGAAAAUGAAAUAUAUACAUAUUACGAUAUACUACCGAAUAUUAAGCAUUACAUUAUGUGUAAGAAACCAGUAAUAACAGUAAAUAAAACAGAGGGAUAUUGUGAACAUUA